AUGCGCUCCAAGCUCGUCUUCGAGCUCCAGUACCUGGGUGACGCAUUCGCUGGCUGGCAGCCGCAGCCGAACGAGCGCAGCGUCCACGACGUGUUCGCCGCCGCGCUGUCGAACGCAGGCAUCACCGACUGCGGCGCCGUCGCCGCCGGGCGCACGGAUCGCGGCGUCAACGCCGCGCACCAGGUCGUGUCCGUGCGCUCGGACGCGGACCGCGGCGACGAGGACCUCUCGGCGGUGCUGCGCGACGUGUCCGCGGCGCUGCCCGGCGACGUGCGCGUCCUAAGCUGCCGCCAGGCGCCGGCGAGCUUCCACGCGAUCACCUCGGCGCGGUCGAAGCGCUACGCCUACUAUCUGGGCUUCUCCGAGGACGCGGCGCGGUACUCCUGGCAGGCGCCGCCGGGCCUCGACGUCGGCCGUGUCCGCCGCGGCGCCGCGCUCCUCGUGGGCGAGCGCGACUUCCGCGCGUUCUGCGCGCCGGGCGGUCGGAAGUGCGGGAGCACGGUUCGUUCCUUGAGGUCGGUGGAAAUCGACGACCUCGAGACCGCCGAGCUGCCCUUCGUCGGCCGCGUCCGCGGCCUCCUGCGGAUCGCGUUCGACGGCGACGGCUUCCUGAAGCAUCAGUGCCGGAAAAUUGUGGGCGCCCUCGUGCGCCUCGGCACGGGCGCGCUCUCCGAGGCGCAGGUCGAGGCCGCGCUCGCGGACCCGCGCGGCGCGCACCCGGCCGUGUCCUCGCGGCGCUUCGCGGCGCCAGCGCGCGGACUCUGGCUGGAGCGCGUGGACUACGCGUGGGAGUAA